AUGUCAAUCACAUCAUCUUCACCUCAAGAGUCUUCUCAAUCUUCACCAACCACUUCGAUCUCUUCAUUACCCAGAACAAGCUCAAAACCUAAAGUACUUUUAUUCGGUGAUAGGUCAGAAACAAAAUUUGAUGAUAUCAUAAGAGAGAUUGCCGAAGUACAUACUCUACCUAGAGUAGGUUAUGAAGAUAUGGUUCCUCUCAUCAAAGAUAUAGUGGAGAAAGAAGGUCCAUUCGUUGCUUUUGGAGGAUUAUUCUUAAUCACAGAUAAUUUCCCGGGUAAAUGGGACAAAGGUUUACUAGGACCACUAGCACCUGAAUGUAAAUUAUAUGUUGGUCCUGGAGCUGGAUAUGAUAAAGUUGAUGUUGAAUACAUAACCAGCACCGGGGCAAUGUAUGCUAACUCGCCUAUCCAAGUUGGUAAACGGACUGCGGAUGGUGCUUUGAUGUUGAUCUUAGCUGCUAUGAGGGGGUUGACGCCUCAAGACCAAUCAGUACGAGCUAGUAAAUGGAGAGCUCCAAUCAAAACUUUGGAUUGGUGUACAUCUACUAUCGGUAUCAUAGGACUAGGUUCGAUCGGAAGUAGAGUAGCAACACUCUUAACUUCUAUAGGAUCCCAGUCAAUAAUAUAUCAUUCUAGAAAGCCAUCACCCACAGCCCAGCCACAAUGGGGAUAUCGUUCUUUGGACCAAUUAUAUAUAGAAGCAGAUGUGGUUGUUUUGACAUGUCCUCUGACAAAUGAGACCAGAGGGAUGAUCUGUAAAGAAUCGAUUGAGAAGAUGAAAGAUGGUGUGAUAUUGGUCAAUGUUAGUAGAGGCGAAGUGGUGAUUGAAGAUGAUCUGGUUCAAGCUCUAGAAAGUGGAAAAGUCAUGAGAGCUGCAUUGGAUGUAUUUGAGAAGGAGCCUACGGUGCAUCCUGGGUUACUCUCUAAUCCCAACGUGACAUUGUCACCCCACGUCGCUCCAGCUCCAGACUCAAUGGGACCUCCAAUGAAUGGUGAAGUAGUAGAGAACCUGAUCCGAUUUGUACAGGAGGGAAUGCCAAUAACUCCAGUCAACCUGAGGGAACUUGAGUCGAAGGGAUUCCAAGUUGGCCCUUCGAAGGCUUGA